GUGCGCGACAUGGUCCAUCCCUACCUGAGCCAAUCACGAACCAUUGUUCUGGCAGUACUCCAAGCCAGUAACGAUAUGGCUACCCAGACAAUUAUCAAAAUGGCGAGAGAGCAUGAUCCACACGGCGAACGAACCAUUGGCAUCAUCACAGAUCCAGAC